GAAGUCGUUUCUCAAAACUUAUCUCUUAAUCUAAUAUUUUAAUUUGAUAAUUUUGCAUAAUUACUGUUUUAUAAUAAACUACAUUUAUAAUAAUUUUGACUUAAAUUUAAUAGAAAUUAGAAUAAUUAAUAUUGGUCCUUAGAAUAAAAAUUUCACUGUAAUAUCAAAUUGAAGUUUUAAUUUUAGAAAUAGGUUUAGAGAAACAGUAUCUCAGAAUCAACUCCUCUGCUAUUUACAUUACUUUUAAAUUUUUUAUACUUAUUACGUUUUUCAGUUAUUUAUAUUGCAUAUAAAAUAACCUCUUGCAUAUGAAAUUGCGAAUGCAUCAUGGCUAGUGAAGAACAUAAAGAAAUUGCUGAAUUUUUGAAAAAUGUUCACUUAUCGCUUAGAAAAUCCUCUGCAAAAAUAGGUGCAGAAAAAGCCUGGUUAGAACACUGCAAGAAUCAAGACAUACUUAAAACUUAUGCACACUACAUGGAAAAAUUAGCAACUAUUCACUGGCAAGCAAGUUCUAACAGUGCAUUAACCGAUGCUACGUCUCGCAUUACAUGGUCAGCAGAUGUAUGUUUUGAUUACUUUAUCAGUAAAUCAUUUAUGAAAUACAGACAUAAAGAACAUGAAAUUGCAGAAAAACUAAAUAUCCCGUUUAAUAUGGAUGAAUCCUUUACGUACCCUAUGAAACUUAUUGAUGUGGGAAGUUGUUAUAAUCCUUUCAAAAUAUAUGAUUUCUUUGAUGUGUUAGCUAUUGAUUUAUAUCCUGCAAAUGAUUCUGUACAACAAUGUGACUUUUUACAUGUUUCUAUUGGUAAUACCGUUUCUAUUGACAAUAAUAAAGUGAAACAAUUAAAAGAAGAUUAUUUUGAGGUAGUUACAUUUUGUUUCCUUUUAGAGUAUAUCCCUAGUUCUAAACUAAGGAUCAAAGCCUGUGAGAAUGCUUACAAGCUAUUAAAACCUGGUGGUCUGUUAAUAAUAAACACACCAGAUUCAAAGCAUGUUGGAGCAAACUAUAAAAUUAUGAAAUGUUGGAGGUAUACAUUGUCCUGUAUUGGAUUUACUAGAAUCAAGUAUGAGAAAUCAAAACACAUGCACAGUAUGGCAUUUAGGAAAGCUCUGUGUAAAGAUACAGCAGUACGGUGGGCAAAAAUAUAUAAGGAACCUUAUAUGGAAUAUGUUAUACAUAUACCACAAGAUUCUCGUAAGGACAAUGAAACUGUGUCGAUAGCAGCAUCAACUGAAAUUUGUCUAGAUGAUUUUAUGGAGCUACCUUUCUUCAAUGUGUAAAUUAGUUUAAAUAUUUCAUAAGUCACUAUUCCAUCAUAUAGUCUAUUGGCUUGUUUACCACUCCCAGUUUUAUAAAAAUCUUGAUUGAAAAAAAUAUCCAGAAUUAUUUCUAGUUCAUCAGCAUAUCAGCUAUUAACCAUCAAUAUGCAAUAUAAUGUAACGUAAUGAAAAUAUAAACAACUAUGUAAGACUGUUUGUUGAUAGCCAAAUGAUUUGUUACUAAUUUCAUUUAGUUUGUUAUAACUUCAAUAAAAUAUGGUUUGCUUUGAUUAGUUCUAUUGAAACAGACUAGGGAGAUAUAAUUAAUACUAAAACUGUAAUAUAUAUAUAUAUAGUCCAGAUUUGUAUAUUUUUAUUGUAAAAUAGAUUUAAUAUUGUUAAUAAUAAAUAUUUCAUAGGAAGAGUAAAAUUCUUUCUAAUGAAUAUGGAUUAUAAUAAAAUAAUACCACCUUU